AUGAUUAAAAUUUGUCGGUGGUUAAAGAGUAGUUACUUAGAUUUUUUAUAUUUUUUUAAGUUUUUUCGAUUUUUUUUCAAUUCUAGCUAUUGCAGUAAUGUAAAAGGAUUAUUAAUGUAUUUGAUGGAAUUUAGAGCAUAUAGCGAAGAAUUUCACAGUUAUCCGUUCCACUCGAUCUUACGAUAUUUCUACAAAUCUUAGAAAUAUCCAACAAAAUCCUCGGAUAUCCGUUCAAAAUAUUUUAAUCCAAUGAACUCACUAUUUAUUCAAUAAAAUCCUGAUUAAUCAGCGAAAUCUCUCUUAAUCUACAUAAAUACCUCUUAAUCCCCCGAUAUCCCUCUUAAUCUCCCUUGAUCUUCAAUAUACCUAAUUAUCUCAUUAAAUCUACAAAUCCUCCGAUAUCACUCUUAAUCAACACAAAUACUCGAUAUCUAUGUGAUUCUUUAUACACCUGUUAUCUCCUAAAUACCAUCAUAAUUGCUUCAAAUCCUUCUAUAUCACUCAAUAGGGACUCAACUGAGGGGACAAAACAAUUACUUG